AUGCAGUCUACACUACCGAUAGCGUCUACAGUAUCGCUUCCGGAACAUACAGGAGUGUUGCUGCCUGGAGGCUACGUCAUCGUGGACCCGCGGAGUGCUGAGGUGGCACAGAUUGCGGAAUUCGUGGUCGCGGACAUGAAUGCUAAGAUGGACGCGGCUGUGCAUCUAGAAAUCGUCAACGCAGCGGAAAAGCACGCCUCGAGCGGUCACACCUCCUCGGGAUACAACUCCCAAAGUUUCAGCUACGACGUUGUUUUCACAGCUACCACCACCACCCAUGCCACCCACGCGCACUCCCCGAGCCGGAAAGCGAGCGUCGCCGAGCGCUGGUCGACACUGGUUACCAGCCAAUACGAAGCCGUGGUGCUGAAAUCGGCUGAGAAUGAGGAGAGUGAAGGGGAGGAGAGUGAAGGGGAGGAGAGUGAGGGGGUGGGGAGUGAGGGGGAGGAGAGUGAGGGGGAGGAAACUGAACGGAUGGAGAGUGAGGAGACAGAGGGGAACGGCGGGUUGCGCCCCUCCUGGUUUUAUCUGUGCCUGUAG